CGAGUGUGCUGUCGGGCAAAAGGGUCUUCAACGUCGUCUGCCUCGUCGUGCGCAAACUAUGGCAUCCACACUCACGCGCUCGCUCGGCUUCUCGUCGCUCCGAGUGGCCAGCUCUUCGUCUGUAACAGCAGCGAAAUGCUCAACGCACCACGUCCUCAAAAGGACCUUCUCCGUGUCCUCGCCCGCUCUCGCUCGACGGACUAAAAGUGUCAUGGAAGAGUACCUCACAGACGACGACUUGUUCACUCUCAUGACUGAGCAAGAGAACGUGACGGAUAGUCCUGUAUUGGGCCACAAAAUGUUGCAAGCGCAGAGAGAGGUCUUGCAUUAUAUGAGGCUGAUCGAGCACGAAAUGCCAAAGCUUGUUGCCUACCGCCAACCUUUUAUCCCACCUUCUUCCCAAGAAACACCACUCGUCGUCCGCUCAAUCGAGUACCUUGGCGAAUACCACCCCGCUGCCUCUAAACGCAGCAUCACCGUUGCAGUGGACUCUCUCCCCCUCAAGGACGCCAAAGCUAUCCAUAAAUUCAAACUGAUCGCCGGGCCGCGCUGGACUCCCAACCCUCCCAAAGACGCGGGCGUCUGUGAGCACGAAGUAUGGCAGAACGGGAAUGGGUACUUUAAAAUCUCUUGCGACACCUUUUCGAGUCCGGAGAUGAACGCGAAAUGGGCGAGUGAUGCGUUGGAUAGGUUGAUUAAAGAGGCGAAUGAGGGACAAGAGUCGUUUGAGGGCCUUCCGCUUGAUUUGCGUCAUGUCUAUUCGCGAAGCCGGAAAGCGAAGAAGGGAGACCAUCUCCGCAACCGACCUCUGAACCCCGUCUCUGUCAAGGAUUUCCCCAAGGAAUGGCUCCCUCAGUCUCAGCCAGAGGCGCAGACUCAGGCCACAACCCAAGCUUAA